AUGGCUACCUACAAUCCCACUAACCCACCGCCACCGCCACCGCUCUCCCACGCCACCACCACGAAUAAGCCCGCCGUGGCUUUUACCACGCCCCCAAACUACGCUUCACGCCUCUCUCGCCUCCUCACCCUCAAGGGCUACGAUCCCCUCUGGUGCCCCACUCUCGGCGUUCACGCCACCCCGCACACCCUCAUUCCCUACCUCUCUCCCCCAAACCUCGACGCCUUCUCCGCCCUCGUCUUCACCUCACGCGCCGCCAUCGACUCCUUCUCCGCCGCCGCUGCCGCUUUCGACCAGCCCCUCCUCUCCCCCCGCGGCGAGGCCUUCAUAGUCGCCGCGCUAGGCAAGGACUCGGAGCUCAUCAACCACGACGUCGUGUCGAAGCUCUGCGAAAACGCUAAAAGGAUUAGGCUUUUGGUCCCUCCGGUCGCGACUCCGAGCGGCUUGGUCGAGUCGCUCGGGGACGGGCUCAGCCGGAGGAUUCUGUGCCCGGUCCCGCUCGUGGUGGGCCUCACAGAGCCGCCGGUGGUCCCGGACUUUCUCCGGGACCUGGAGGACAAAGGGUGGGUUCCGGUGAGGGUGAGCGCGUACGAGACGCGCUGGGCGGGGGCGGACUGCGCGCGCAGGGUGGUGGAGAGAGGGCGGGAAUUGGGUGCGGUGGUGUUCACGAGUAGCGCAGAGGUGGAGGGGCUGUUGAAGAGCUUGAGGGAGUUUGGGUGGAGGGAUUGGGAGGAGUUUGUGAGGGAGAGGUGUCCGGAGGUGGUGGUGGCGGCCCACGGGCCGGUGACGGCGGCGGGGGCGGAGAGACUUGGUGUGAAGGUGGAUGUGGUGAGCUCAAGGUUUGAUAGCUUUGAGGGCGUAGUGGAUGCACUUGGGCUGAGAUAA